GUUUCAGCAGUCUUUAAUAGCACUGGGAGCACUAAACCAGGCUGGUCUCAUACUGGACAUUUAUGGAUGGCCCACAGUGACCCAUGUGCCAGGUAGCAUUCUAUGCCAAUCUUGAAUGCCAACAGGAAGUCACGGGAAAGUAAACUCUUCCAGGAUCAUAACUGGGCUGUUGGAGUAACUUGGAAAAGAAGAAAAAAAGAAAACCAUGACAAAAGUAAAUAAAGCCCGGUCCACCUCCCCCCCGGAUGGAGGCUGGGGCUGGAUGAUUGUGGCUGGCUGUUUCCUCGUCACCAUCUGUACCCGAGCAGUAACCAGAUGUAUUUCGGUUUUUUUUGUGGAGUUCCAGACAUACUUCACUCAGGAUUAUGCACAAACAGCGUGGAUCCAUUCCAUUGUAGACUGUAUGACCAUGCUCUGUGCUCCACUUGGGAGUGUUGUCAGUAACCAUUUUUCCUGUCAAGUGGGAAUCAUGCUGGGUGGCUUGCUUGCAUCUACUGGUCUCAUCCUGGGCUCCUUUGCCACCAGUCUGAAGCAUCUCUACCUCACUCUGGGAGUUCUUACAGGUCUUGGAUUUGCACUUAGUUACUCUCCAGCUAUUGCCAUGGUUGGCAAGUAUUUCAGCAGACGGAAAGCCCUUGCUUAUGGGAUCGCCAUGUCGGGAAGUGGCAUUGGCACCUUCAUCCUGGCUCCUGUGGUCCAGCUCCUUAUUGAACAGUUUUCCUGGCGGGGAGCACUCCUCAUUCUUGGGGGCUUCGUUUUGAAUCUUUGUGUUUGCGGUGCCUUGAUGCGGCCAAUUACUCUUAAAGAGUACCAGACAAGUCGAGAGCCAAACCAUGUCUGUAGAACUCAGAAACAAGACUUCAAACGGACGUCUCCUUGUUCAACUUGGACUAAAGAAUGGGUGCAGACCUGCCUCUGUUGCUCUUUGCAGCAGGAGUACAGUUUCUUACUGAUGUCAGACUUCGUUGUUUUAGCCAUCUCGGUUCUGUUUAUGGCUUACGGCUGCAGCCCCCUCUUUGUGUACUUGGUGCCUUAUGCUCUGAGUGUUGGAGUGAGUCACCAGCAAGCUGCUUUCCUUAUGUCCAUACUGGGGGUGAUUGACAUCGUUGGCAAUAUCACGUUUGGAUGGCUAACCGACAGAAGGUGUCUGAAGAAUUACCAGUAUGUUUGCUACCUCUUUGCCGUGGGACUGGAUGGGCUCUGCUAUCUCUGCCUACCAAUGCUUCAAAGUCUCCCACUGCUCGUGCCUUUUUCCUGUACUUUUGGCUACUUUGAUGGUGCCUAUGUGACCUUGAUCCCAGUAGUGACUGCAGAAAUAGUGGGGACCACCUCUUUGUCAUCAGCACUCGGUGUGGUGUACUUUCUUCAUGCAGUGCCAUACUUGGUGAGCCCACCCAUUUCAGGAUGGCUGGUAGACACGACUGGCAGCUACACAGCCGCAUUUCUCCUCUGUGGCUUUUCAAUGAUAUUUAGUUCUGUGUUGCUUGGCUUUGCUAGACUGGUGAAGAAGAUGAAAAAACCCCCGCCGCGGAUCCCUGCCCAAGAAUCUGAUGCCAAACGGCAGCUAUGGACCAACGGAUCGGUGGCUUAUUCUGUAGCAAGUGAAUUAGAUCAGAAAGACCGGGAAUCUGUGGCUAUGGCUGUGCCUGGUUACAACCCCACAUGACCAAUGGCCUUGAGCUUGGGAAUCUGCAGGGCUAAGAGAGGUGGGACCACUGGCUUGUACCUGUUUCUAAAGCAUUUUAUUUUGGCAGAAGCAUUGCCUUCCAAGGAAAUUAGUAUUGUUGUCCUGUUCACAUAUUUAUAGGGGGAAAUAGCAAGUAACAAAGCAAGCUGGACUGGCUCAGAGUUUCCUCAUUUGGGAUUGGCACUCACAAUGGAACUCACAGCUUUCAGGCAGUGGGCAUCACUCCAUAGAGAAUGUUAGGACAUAGCUGAUGUAGUUAGCUGUAAUUAGGGGUAAUUCCAAGGCAUGAACAAAGAAGAUGACACUGGGCAGCAGCUUUGUCUCAAACCCUCUGGGCCUCCACCUUCCUUCUUCAGUUAGAAGGUGAAGAGAAUCAUUGACAUGUAGGUUUGUCUGCUUUAGACUGUGUGAAGGAAGGGAUCAGCUGAGGUAUGAUAGUGGAAGGUGAAGGUGCCAAACCUUUUCCAUAGUGGAGCUUCUCAUUAGGGUUUUAAACAGGAUUGUUAAAGAAUACUUUAGAUUCUUCAAGAGGAUGGUUGAUACAGAAUGAAAGGGACUGCCUCCCCCUCCACCCUUCAGCUAGCCCUGGCCUUUGAUAACGGUGGGCACCACUUUGAGAAUCCAAAGAAUCAUAGAAUGCUGUGGUUGAGAAUUAUCCUCAGGGUGGCUGGUAAGAUCUUCUGUUUGAAAUAGUGCACUGGAAACUGAAAGGCUUUCCUAAAACUGUGUCCCAGACUCUCACCUUCGUUACUAUCACGUGCAAUACUUAUUUUCAUUUAGCAAAACAACCAAGUUGCAAGGGCAAUUUCUACCUUGAAUGUUAACACCAACACUUGGUGUGUUUGUUUUUUUCCUCCUGGGGAAAAAAGCUCUUGUUUAUGAAUUGCAGACACAUUCCUGUUAGGAAUGGAAAAAUAUUGGCAGUAUUCCAACUGGCCGAGAAUUGAACUUUUGAAUCAGCAGGUCUCUGGUGAGAGUUUUCUUUUCAGAUUAGACAUUUAGGUUCAUCAUUGCCCAAAACAGGAUUUGGGGGUUUUGCCUGAAAAAUAUUAUUCUAGAGAUAUUCUGAAGGUGAGAUGCCUUUCUCUCUGUGUUACUUCCUGCUCAAUUGUCCACUACUUUUUAUCCUCAUGGAUACUCAUUAGAAACUUAGUGGACAUUUUUAGCUGAAUGAGAAUGUGUCAGGGGUUAAUUUCAGCAUCAUAGUACUCUCAUAAAUUAUAACUUUGAUCAGGGGAGAGGAAGAAGUUUAAGAAGGCUAGUGGUGUGAUAUUUUAUAAUUCAUAGAACACUUUAAUUGACUGGAUUAGAAUAGUUUACUAAUUCCCAAGUACUCUACUUUCCACUGGUUUGGGAUAAUUUCUGAGUCUUCAGAUUGAAGGGGGAAGGCAUGGGGAGAGAAGAGAUGGCCCCCAACCUGUCUCUACUCACUUUAAUUACACAGCAUGAUAAUCCUGAACCCCAAAUUAUGUUACACUUUUAAAUAGGGGCAAGUUAUACAAUUAAAAGUGGAUUUUAACUAUUGAACACAUUUUAAUUUGAACCUCAAGGAAAUAUUUUGACGCUGAAGGCCAUUUAAUCCACUGUCCUCCAAGAGACCUCACAAAUGCCCUGCCAGAGGUACUGAGAGGGGAAAAAACACGGCAAUGAGGAA